AUGAUUCACCGACCGCAGAGCUAUGCCCCGACGCCGCAUAGCUAUGUGCCGGUGUCGAACCUCUCGGCGACCAUUAACCUUGAUGAAGAGGUGAAGCUCACCAACACCCGCGCCGAGCGUGACCUGCAGGAGUCGCUCGCCGAGCUCUUCAGCAUCAUCGUAACUCUCGAUGAGCUCGAGAAAGCCUUCUUGAAAGACGCCGUCCCCGAAGCAGAAUACACGGAGAUAUGCGAGCGGUCUCUAAGACAGUAUAAGGCGCUGUUGGCCGACGAUACGAUCGCGAACGAGUUCCAGGGCCUGGAGGAGUUCAAGGCCCGAUGGGAUCUCGAAGUGCCCCGCGCGACCGAGCGCAUACGAGUCGGCAUGCCCUCUACUACAGUGACCGCGUCGUCCUCCUCAGUCGCACCAGCCCCCUCCAACGCCCCCGCGAACAAUACGAACGGCCUUCUUAUCCUCGAGGCGACCCAGGACUUCAUCACCUUCCUUGAUGCCGUCAAGCUGGGCCUCCUUUCCAAGGACCAGCUGCACCCUCUGCUAUCAGACGUCAUUCAGUCCGUGAACCGCGUGACGGACAAGGAUUUCGAAAACCGAGGCAAGAUCGUACAGUGGCUCAUCACACUCAACCAGAUGAAGGCCACCGAGGAGUUGAGUGAGCAGCAGGCUAGAGAGUUGGAGAUGGAGAUUCACCAGGCGUACCAAGGCUUCAGGCGGACACUGGAAACAUAA